AAUGUUGUUGUAACAGCAAAGUUGGACAGAAGAAUUCCGACGAUCAUUUCACGAGAUUCUUAAGGAUUGCUUCAGUGGGUGGAGGGUACAUAUAUGGCCAUCUACCUCUUAUGCACAGAUUGUUCACCUCUGGAUUGGACGAAGCGAUGGUUUACCACAUCAUAUCCACAGUGUGUCUUACCAUAGCAGUUGUUGUGUAUUUAUCCGACUUUCCACAAAGGUGGUUCAGCGGAACUUUUGACAUUAUAGGUCAAUCACAUCAGUUGUUCCAUGUUUUGUCUGCACUUUGUUGUUACUUUGAUAUAUUAGCAGUGGAACAAGAUAUGCGAGCAAGUGAUAGGCAUUGGAGUGUCCUCUCCGUGCAGCCGGACACGCCAUCUCUGUUGCAUGUUUCGACUGCAGCAAUAUUGUUGAUAAUAUUUUCGUACAAAUUUGCUUCACGAUGUUUACAAAGCCAUGGCCAAAGAAUAGGAAUUUGUCCUUGUCUGUGUUGUAAGCAAACAGAUCCUAAAAUGAAAUAUCAAUAAGUCUUAUCAGUAUAAAAUAUGUGCAUUAUUUUAGGAAGUAAUAUUCUGUUUUGUUUUGUAAAAAUUUACAAAUUUUAGAAUAUUUAAUAUUGUGUUAUAUUUAAUAUGAUUUCUUUUAAAGAUGUACGUUAGUUUUAGGAAAUAUUAUUUUGGUAUAUAUAUACUUUACAAACUUUCUUGUAAUAAUUUACAAAUUUUAGAAAGUAUUAUUCUGUUAUAUUUCGUCAUACUUUACAAACUUUUUUGUACAAAUUUACAAAUUUUAGGAAUAUUAUCGUCUUUUAUCUUAUAAUGCUGGUUUAAAUAAUGUUCAUUAUUUUUAGGAAUAUUACUGUGUUAUUUUUUAUGAAAUUUCUUUAAAAAAUGUGCAUUAUUUUAGGUGGUAUUAUUCUGUUAUAUAAGGCUUUUCAGCUUCUAAUAUUUUUACAUAGCAAAUAAUAUGCUAAUCAUAAUAGUAAUGCUUUAGCCAACUAUUUUUAAGCUACAUUUUACAAUAUUUUAUGAGCAAGUCUCUAAACUCUGUUCUAUAUGGGUGAGGUCCUACAGUGAGGCAUGCCAUGGGUCUGGGAUUUGAGCCAGAGUUGGCCCAUUAUCCCGACAUUGCAUAAGCACAUUCUAUUCUAUAUGGGUGAGGUCCUACAGUGAGGCAUGCCAUGGGACCUGGGAUUAAGACCAGAGUUGACCCAUUACCUCAACAUUGUAAAUGCACAUUCUAUUCUAUAUAGUUGGCCUAUUACCCCAAACAAUAUAGAGUUGGCCGAUUACAAUAAUGGUCAAAAUGAUUUCUAAAACUUUGGUGGUGGUAAACUGAAAAUGUGGGUCCACUUUUAAGUUGCAAACGAGUUAUAAUGUGUUACACUGUAUUACCUAUUCAAUUUGCAGUUUAAACUAUAUAGUGUUCGCUUUUAUUUUUAUCCUAUUUCUCACAUCAGUGUUAAAAAGUUAUUACUUUACACUAAAAUACUUAAAAUAAGACUUUUUUCAUACAUGCUUUGUACCAGAGAUUAAAUAACUUUAUGUCAUGAGCAUUAUGUUUCCAAGAGAUUAUUUUAAAUCUAUUUUUGUGUUUUUAGCGGUAGAUGUUUCCUUUUAAUUACACCUUGCAAAAUAAUCAUAACAUAAUGUUGCUAUACACAAUGUAUAUCUAACAAAGUUCUUCUGGAAAAUUUAUUUUGCAGAAUUUACUAAAGUUUUAGUGUUCAAAUUUCUACAAAACUUUUUACCCUGAACAGAACAUACAUUUUUGUUACAGAAAAAUAAUAACCAGGAGAAUUUUGCUGGACUUGUAAAAUAACAUGCUUUUUAACAGUGUAACUGUUCACUAGUUUAAAUGGUCUAACCACUAAUUUGACAAUCAUUUAUUAAUUUAUAUUGUUUUUGUUUUUUUUUGCACCAGUGUUAAUGCAUUAUAGUGAAAAUUUUAUUCAACUCAAAUUUAAUCCCGAAUUGUUUUUAUAUAUAGUAGGGUGGGGUAAGACGGGACACCUUUAGCACAUAAGAUCCAAAUACCCUGAUCGUGAUUUAAACAAUUAACAACGGUCUUUGGGAGUCGUGGAAUACGUUUUUUUUUAUUUAUUGAAUGUUUUUUGUUUACUACCAAAUGGGAUUAUAAAAGGGAAUAAAAAAAGUGUCCCAUCUUCCCCCUUACUAUAGCGCAAAAAUCUUGAAUAAACAAUUAAUAAGUGCCUUUAAAAUUUCAUUUCUACAAAAAAUACGAAAAGUAUCUUUAUUUUCCAUAACCUGAUUUUAAUUUGUUGAGUUCCCAAUAUGCCUUAUGGUUUGCUUCUUUGCACUUAAGUAUAAUUACCUCUAAUUCUAAUGUUGGCAAUCAGAUGUUAAACCUCUGCCUGUCAUCUUACAUCUAAAUGUGUAGGAUUUAAAAUGUGUUAUUUCUGUUAUGCAGUAUCUAUUCAGAAAGAUAUAUUGUUUUAUUUUCGCGUUGUGUUUUUGAAAAUAAAACGAAUUAUUCACAAAGUUUUGAAA